AUGGGAAAAACAAAGCCAUGGAAUAAGCGACCGCCCCUCACUUUUUCACUCCUAUGGAGAUUCUUCCUCGUUGGAUUGACAGGGAGUUUGGGAAAGCUUUUGUUUUUCACGGGUGUGAAAUUCAGUUCUCCUACUCUUUCAUCUGCUAUGGGGAAUUUUGCACAGAUUUUUACUGCCUUGCUUGCCAUCAUUUUCAGGAUGGAAAAGUUAAAUUUAAGAAGUACAAGGAGCCAAGCCAAAUCAGUGGGCACUGUGGUAUCGGUAGCUGGGGCUUUAAUAGUUACUCUUUAUAAAGGUCCUAGCCUAAUGGGUUCAUCACCUACUAAUACCCCUUCUCAGCUUCCUCUUUCUCAGCAAUCAAAGUGGAUUUUGAGAGUCUUCUUUUACAUAUUCUUUGUGACAAUUCAAAGCCUGGUUUUCUCUCUCAUUUUGGAAAGGGAUCCAGUUGCUUGGAAACCUAAUGCUGCCAUUGAGAUAAUGGCCAUUGUUUUCACGAGUAGCUAUAAUCUGACAACCUCCUCUGCUACCAAAGCUUUGGCAAAAAUUGGUUUUGAAAAGAAUCAAGCUUUUGCAGUAGUUGGAAGUGUGAUUAGUGUAAGUGUUCAUACAUGGUGCUUGCACAAAAAGGGACCAGUAUAUGUUGCCAUGUUUAGACAUUUGGAAAUUGUAUUCGCUGCAAUCAUGUCAAUCAUCUUUCUUGGCGAGACGAUCCAUCUUGGAAGUGUGAUUGGAUCAGUCAUAAUUGUAUUUGGAUUUUAUACUCUAAUGUGGGGGAAAAUUAAAGAGAAGAGCAUGGAUGUUGACAAUGAAGUUAGAAACUUAGAAUCAUCUUCUCAUAAGACUCCUCUGUUGCAAAGCAGUUCCAAUGAAUACUCACCAAGGAACUCGUAA